AAUUUUGAUUAAUUAAAGCCGUUAGAAAAAAAAAACGAGUAUUAUGCGUUAAUGCCGAAAUAGUUGUAUUAUACAGUAAACACUACAGUUUCCAGAAAUAUCAAAUUAAAAAAAAAAGGGAAAAAAAAAAGCAAAAAAAAAGAAAAAAAAGAAGGGGAGCUAUGGUGAUGCGAUGUUGGGAUUUAUUUAUAAGCGAGACGAGACGAGACGAGAGGUAAGAAGAGAAGAAGAAGAAGAAGAAGAAGAAGAAGAAGAAGAAGGAGACUGUGACACCUAUCAACUCUGUCUUAUCUAAUCCUCAACAUAUAUAUGUUGUAGGCAACUAUAUUUUUAGAAGUGAUAAGGUCCUCUGAGCAUUGGCAUGGGUCUGCCACAUACUGCUUCAAACGAGCAAGCAAAUGAAGGUUUGUCUUCUGCUUCAAGUUGCAGCCUUUCCCAAAGUCUUCCUGUAAAUGCCUCUUCUGGUGAUUCCACCGGUAAUUUAAGAGGGAAUAAUGAAGGAAGCCUCUCCUCCUUUAUUGGAGAAUCUGAUAGGAACACUACAUUGAAAUCUUUGGAGUUUAGAGAUGAUGACUUUUGGAGAUUUCAUGACACCCGGGCUGGUACUUCAUUAUCUGAUCACCAACCGGCUUAUGCCAUGGAUAAGGUUAAUUUGAAUCGAAAUGGAGUUAGAAGGAUAGUUGGUUUCCAGUCAAAUGAAUCUAGCUCACCGAGUAGUGAAUACACACGUAUCACUGGUAAUCGCACUGCUGGAUCUAAUGAAGUAGAUAUCACCGGUGGAUCAUUAGUCAGGAAACGGGUUAGCUCUCCUCUGAGUAAGCUUUUCCCUGAGAAAUUUAGAGGUGACUCGCUCGAUAUCAGCCGUAGCAACCAACAGUUAACAACCAACACUCCUGUUGCACAAGAUCAUAAAAAGGCCAAUAUCUCUGAGACAUUAUGUUUCUUUACCACUUCUACCUGCUCUGAAUGGGGGAAUGACUCGUCACACAGGGGUAAGCUUUCAUCUACCAUUUUCACGGAUGGUCCAUUGCUUGACUCCAGUGAUCUACAGCCCACAAAAGAUAUACCUUACUUAUAUUCACCAGUACAUGAAAGAUCUCUAGUACAUGCUAAACCAUUACCAUGUCAUAAGAAUAUAUCUGUCUCUCCUCCACUUUCUCUGUCACCUCUUGGGCCAAGAUUUUCCGAGAGAAUGAAAGCUCUCCAAGGGGGCCUAAAUGGGAAUGUUUUUGAAGAUGGUGUUUGUUUAAGGAAUACUGGUGAAGAAGCAGAACUCAGGACUGGUCGUAUAUCGUUUGAUGAUAGUAAUGGUAUCCAGAGAGCCUUUUCAAUGGAUACAGGUAUUGAAUCAGUUCCUACAUCUCCAUGUAAAAGGUUUAGUAGAAGCUUGAGUGGACGUCCCAUUCAAAGGUCAUUGGUUGGUUCUUUUGAAGAAUCGCUAUUUUCAGGAAGGUUUUCCUGUGGGCAAACUAAUCAGAAGAUCGACGGUUUUCUUGCCAUUCUUAGUAUUGCUGGUGGAAACAUCUCUCCAAAAUCACAAAAGCUUCCAUUCUCAGUAACAAGUAUUGGUGAUGAUUGCUUCUUACUAUACUACGCCUCCAUAGAUAUCUCUGGAGGGUCUUCGCAAAACAAACUAUGGGGUCAGAAACUGAAAACCAACCAAAAAAAUUCUGAUGCUCAGAGCAUUAAUAGACGGCUUCGAAUUCCUAUGAAGGGUCGUAUCCAACUGGUUCUGAGUAACCCUGAAAAGACACCUCUUCACACUUUCCUCUGUAAUUAUGACUUAACAGAUAUGCCACACGGUACAAAGACCUUCCUGCGCCAAAAGGUUACCCUGGCCUCCUCUGUUCUGACCAAAGCCAACCAAAGUCAUGCAAAUAAAGGUAGGGAAGGAUCUGAGUCAGUGGAUGAAUUGCAUUCGCCGAAUGAGUGUGGGAACAAGAAUUGUCGUGAGACGUACAGAGAAACAGGAAAACGCUGCUCAAAAUCCGGAGUCAUGCGCUACGCUCUACAUCUAAAAUUUAUUUGCCCGUUACGCAAGAAAGCCACAAAAUUAGGUCAGAAGAAAAGCUUGGAUGCAGCAGACGAUGGGGAGAGGAGAUUCUAUUUGUAUAACGACUUAAGAGUUGUGUUUCCUCAACGCCACACUGAUUCUGAUGAAGGAAAGUUGAAUGUGGAGUAUCAUUACCCGGAAAAUCCAAGAUACUUCGACGUGUAACCAAUUGAAUCUCUCUGCUUCCUAAAUCGUUUUCUAAUUUAGCUUUUGUUAGAAGAAAAUAAAAGAACGUUGUACAUAUAAAAUAGAGAAUAAAUCAUCUGUCAUCUAAAUAGCCAUACCAAGUUGGUUUCACUUUCAGUAAUGGCUGACUUACUUUGUAGAGAACACUACUGCUAAAAAACGAAAACAUGCAAUUUUAUGAA